AUGGCGGUGAAGACAUACAAAGAAAUGAAGGAGGCGUGGGUGACUGGCCAUACCGGAAGCUCAGUCGCCGAUGUGAACAGCGUCUCCCUCGCAAUGCCUUUGAGUAUUUUGCUGUGGUCUGUAAUACAGCAACGACUUCGACUGUUUGUUCCAUACACGCCCGCCGCCUGCUUUGUCGACUUCCUCCUCAACUGCGCCGCCACGCUCUGCGCAACGACCGUCUACUCUUCGUCGCCAUGGGCCUUGAACCUCCUCUUACUGCUACCAGCAAUUUGUUUGCUUGUUCUCGAGCAGCCAGCGACUAUCAAGCGAGACGCGCCACGACCGCCGAAAAAGGACAAGCCUGCUGAAACAAAGCUCGAUGCUCUGCCAGUCAAGCCUUUUAUCACACACUACAGAGGCGCAAUGAUGGUCAUGACAUGCAUUGCUAUACUCGCUGUAGACUUCCCAGUCUUUCCACGACGCUUUGCGAAGGUCGAGAACUGGGGUACAUCUUUGAUGGAUAUGGGCGUGGGAUCAUUCGUGUUCACAGCUGGCGUCGUCUCUGCUCGAGCCGCCUUGAAAGAGGCUUCUGGCAGAAGACCGCCACUUUCCAAGCGUCUGAUCACAUCUUUCCGGCACGCCGUACCGCUGCUCGUCUUGGGCACGAUUCGAUUCAUCUCGGUCAAAGGUCUUGACUAUGCCGAGCAUGUCUCAGAGUACGGAGUGCACUGGAACUUCUUCUUCACUCUCGGCUUCCUGCCUCCUUUUGCAGCUCUGCUGCAAAACGCUUUCGAUCUGGUACCUUCCUACGCUGUUCUCUCCUGUGCCCUUGCGGGACUCUAUGAGCUGGCUCUCGACACUACGUCGCUGGGAGCCUUUAUCCUGGUUGCUCCACGCACCGAUUUGCUGUCCAAAAACCGCGAAGGCAUCUUUUCCUUCAUUGGAUACCUCGCCAUCUUCCUCGCUGGCCAGUCCCUUGGAUCGACUGCUCUCCCCAGACAGCAGCCACUGUCCAAAGAUGCAUCAAUCACCACAAAGCUGCGUCAAACCACGCUUGGACGACUUGCUCUGACCUCUGCUAUGUGGACAGCUCUCUUCUACUUCUCGACUAGCUACUACGGUCUCGGUCUCUCCGUCUCUCGACGCCUCGCCAACCUUCCCUACUUUCUCUGGGUGUCAUCUUUCAACAGUUACCAAAUCACAAUCGUCUGCGCUAUCGAGACUGUUCUCGUUCCCAGCCUUUACAAGGCGACUAGCAAAGAAGAAGAGGUCCAAAGGACUCGGGACGCCACAAGUACCGUAUUGUAUGCCUUCAAUCGUAACGGCCUCGCGGUCUUCCUAGUUGCAAAUCUCCUCACAGGGCUUGUCAACAUGACAACGCCCACUCUCCACAUGGGCGUUUUGCAGUCAAUGGCGGUACUUAUAGCGUAUAUAGGCGUUGUUGCCUCGCUAGCUGUAGGCCUUGAUGCGUUCAACGUUUCUAUCAAGUUUUAA